UCUCUCUCUCUCUCUCUCUCUCUCUCUCUCUCUCAUCCGGUUAUCCAAACUUCACACACACAUAAAGAAAAACGGCCGGCUGCGAUCGUUUUUCCAUCUACAGGUUCCGGCGAGUAUACGAGCGGAUUUGGUGGAAAUAACGGCGUUGCAACGAUGGCUGGAGGAGCAGCCGAACAGCAGUACGCGAAGGCGAAGAUAUCUGUCUGGUGGGACAUAGAGAACUGCCAGGUACCUAAAGGCUGUGAACCUCAUUCGAUCGCUCAGAAUAUAAGUUCUGCUUUGGCUAAUAUGAACUACUGUGGGCCAGUGUCGAUUUCCGCUUACGGCGACACCAAUCGGAUCCCUGCCUCUGUUCAGCAAGGCCUCAACAGCACCGGCAUCUCUUUGAAUCACGUGCCCGCCGGUGUGAAAGAUGCAAGUGACAAGAAAAUUUUGGUAGACAUGUUAUUUUGGGCAGUGGAUAACCCUGCCCCAUGCAAUUAUCUGUUAAUUUCUGGUGAUCGGGAUUUCUCAAAUGCAUUACAUCAAUUAAGAAUGAGGAAAUACAACAUUCUUUUAGCUCAACCUCAGAAAGCUUCCAUUUCCCUCCUUGCAGCUGCUAAAAGUGUAUGGCUAUGGACCAGUCUUUUGGCUGGAGGUCCACCAAUAACUACCGGUGAAUCACCCACACCUGAUACCACCUACAACCACACUCCACCUCCUAACUCACUACAUACUCCGGCUCCCGAGUCAACUCAUAUGCAUCAACCCUUUGACAACCACAUGUAUCCACAUCCACAUCCCCAGCAAUUUGCAAAUAUGGCAAUGCCUCCUAACUAUCUUUCUCAUCUUCAAAGGGCCAUCCAAGAGGCCAAUUAUAUGGAAGAAAAAACCCGUUUAUCUUCAAACCCGGGUGAGAAACGAAAAUUUGAAGGUUCGCCUGGAACCUCAUCUAAGAAAAAUCGCGUCACUAAUAAUAAUAAUAAUAAUAAUAGUAAUAGUAAUAAUAAUAAUAAUAAAGGAAAGAAUCCUAAGAAGGGAGGGAUUCCUCUGUGUCUAAGUUGUAACAAAUAUCAUUCGGGUGAGUGUCGGUGCCCACGAUGUUUCCGAUGUGGACAGUUGGGUCAUAUAAGCACUGACUGCCUGAAUAAAGAAAUUACGUGUUUCAGAUGUGGUGAAGGUGGUCACAAAUCUGACACGUGUCCAAAGAAAUAUGUUUUACCUAAGAAAGCUAAUAAGAAAAAAGUAUCCCCCAUAAAAAAAGAAGCGAGUGAUGCUUCACGAUGUUACCUCUGUGGGAAUUUGGGUCAUAAAAGAUCCAAUUGCCCGAAUGAAGGUCAACAGGUAACAUGUUUUGGAUGUGGUCAACUUGGUCACAAAGCUGGUGAGUGUCCAAAGAAUAAACAGAAUGGUGAAAGUAGUAAGAAAGCUGACACAAGUCCAAUUAAAGAAGAUGAUGGUUCAACUUUAAGUGCAUUAGCUAAGAAAACCGAAUUACAAUCCGAACCGCAGAUCGUACAAGUAUUAAACAUGAAUACCGCAGAAGCGGUGGUGGUGAUUCCUGAUGUGAAUGUGGUCUCAGCUGUCCAUGUAAGUCAUGAAGAUGGAUUAUCUAGCCCUCCCUUCUGAGACUUAAGGUUUUCCUCAUACAAGACUUGCCUUGAGUUGAGUUGAAGUUUUCAAAAAGAUGUUCUAAUCUCUUGUUUGAACUGUUUGGCUUACCAUGGUUGUACAUUUUAAAUUUAUUGAACAAAAAUCUGCACUUAUCUUA